CACUUGACAAGCGGUUGGACUUACCAAUGAACUAAAAUCUUAGUAGUAGGCGGCACCGAUGCAAUGAGAUCUCGGGACUGGUAGAGUAGCGGCUGUGCCGCCCAAUGGAUAAACGCAGUCCCGAGAUCAGGGGCGUGGCUAAAUUGGUCGUUAGGGGGCGUGGCGUUAGUUGCCCGGGAGGGGCCGGUAGCGGCGGGAGCAGCGCGGCACCGGCCCGGGGGUUCCGGCUGCAUUUCCAUGAGAGCAGCCGGCAAGAGCGGAAGAACUGGAACCGAACCGGUGGAAAAAUCACGUCGCCAUCGCCAGCCAACGAAGAUGAUUGUUCAGUCUCUUUUUGAGGAUUUCCAGUGAGGAGAGGAACCCACCUCCACCCUAGGCAGCCCAUUUCUCUUGGAGAUUACAAGAAGGAUUUGACAAGAGCAUGGAUUGACUGAGAUAAUUUGACUAUCUCAGCUCAAAGGCUUCCUAAAAACGACAGUCAAGAGUUUCUGCCAUCAAAGAACAAGUGAAAUCGCAGGCUCAGGCCACUGCUUGCCAAAGAUUACCAGAUAAGAUAAGAAGCAGAGGGAGCAGCUGCAGAGACCAUUCAUUCAAAGGCUCAAGAUGAAUGCAAUGCUAGAAACCUCCGAGCUCCCUGCUGUGUUUGAUGGGGUGAAGUUAGCUGCUGUGGCUGCAGUGCUCUAUGUGAUCGUCAGGUGUUUGAAUCUCAAGAGCCCAACAGCCCCACCCGACCUCUACUUCCAGGACUCUGGGCUAUCUCGAUUUCUACUGAAGUCUUGUCCCCUUCUGACCAAAGAAUAUAUUCCACCCUUGAUAUGGGGGAAGAGUGGACAUAUCCAGACUGCUUUGUAUGGGAAGAUGGGAAGAGUAAGGUCACCUCAUCCUUAUGGCCACCGAAAGUUCAUCACCAUGUCAGAUGGAGCUACUUCUACUUUUGAUCUCUUUGAACCUUUGGCUGAACAUUGUAUUGGAGAUGAUGUCACAAUGGUCAUUUGCCCUGGAAUCGCCAACCAUAGUGAGAAGCAGUAUAUCCGAACCUUUGUAGACUAUGCCCAGAAAAAUGGCUAUCGGUGUGCUGUGCUGAACCACUUGGGUGCACUACCCAAUAUUGAGCUGACAUCUCCUCGAAUGUUCACUUAUGGUUGUACCUGGGAAUUUGGAGCCAUGGUGAGCUACAUCAAGAAGACUUAUCCCCAGACCCAACUAGUUGUAGUGGGCUUUAGUCUGGGUGGAAACAUUGUGUGUAAAUACCUGGGUGAAACCCAGGCAAAUCAAGACAGAGUCCUUUGCUGUGUCAGUGUAUGUCAAGGAUACAGUGCAUUAAGGGCACAGGAAACCUUCAUGCAAUGGGAUCAGUGCCGAAGAUUUUACAACUUCCUCAUGGCUGACAACAUGAAGAAAAUCAUCCUCUCUCACAGACAAGUUCUGUUUGGAAACAAUGUUAAGAAACCUCAAAGCCUAGAGGAUACUGACUUGAGCAGAUUGUACACAGCAACGUCUCUUAUGCAAAUUGAUGACAAUGUGAUGAGAAAGUUCCAUGGCUAUAAUUCCCUGAAAGAAUAUUAUGAAGAAGAAAGCUGUAUGAGGUAUCUGCACAGGAUUUAUGUUCCUCUCAUGCUGGUGAAUGCUGCUGAUGACCCGUUGGUGCAUGAUAGUCUCUUAUCAAUCCCCAAAGCUCUUUCAGAGAAACGAGAGAAUGUCAUUUUUGUGCUGCCACUUCAUGGAGGUCACUUGGGCUUCUUUGAGGGUGCUGUUCUUUUCCCAGAACCCCUGACUUGGAUGGAUAAGCUGGUGGUGCAGUAUGCCAAUGCUAUUUGCCAAUGGGAGUGUAACAAAUCCCAGUGCUCAGACACAGAGCAAAUGGAUGCCGAUUUGGAGUGAUGCCCUUACAGACUCAGAAGCACUCCAGCGGUCCCUCCCUCUGGAACUACUCAUCUCCUUCAACCUGCUGCUUCAGGUUUUCAUCCUUCUCAAUAACCUGGGUAUGUCAGCAGGGAAGCUUCCCACCCAGAGCGCCUCUCGCCAAGGCAGAAGGCUCUUUCCCAGGAUCUUCAGGCUAUUUUUGUGCUUAGGUUACUGGUUUUCUUUAUUGCAUUAUUGGCCAUAAUGAUGAGUGGCGGGAUCCUUGAUCACCUGUCCAAUUUCAGCAUUUGAUUAAGCCAAUUGUCAUCUAAUUUCCCAAUUAAAAAUGUAUCUGAACAGCAUCUUUGAUUUGCCAAUCAAAAAAAUCUUCCCAAGAAUGUGGCAAGAUGUAUCCUAAAGUUUUGUUGACUAUACUUUGUGCCGUUAUUUCAGCCCUGAAAGAAGAGCCUGUGGUUCCAAGCCAAUAUUGGGGAGAGGGAACUUGGACUACUUAGCAUGGGAGUUUGGGGAAAUGUGAGCUCCAAAAGCAAGAAAAAAAAAUCAACUUCUAUAAUAAGCCAAGUUUCCAUAUUUACCACAUUUCCUAAAGGGUCUUUCACCCUGUUCAACAGAGCAUUUAGGUUAGAGCUAUCUUGUGUUUAGAAAUCUUUACUGAAGUUUAUAACCAGAAGUGUCUGAGUGUCAAGUGACUAUCAACUUCAGACAUUGUGAAGGCACAUCAUUUUGGGAUUGCCUUUUGUGCAUUUGCAGUAGAGUGUGUAUGGAUAGAAAACUAGGAAUCCUAGUUCUGCUACAAUGACCUUGGGCAAGUCAUUUAACCUCUAUAAGCCUCAGUUUCCUCAUCUGUAAAAUGAGAGAGUUGGACUAGUUGAUCUCUGGGGGUCCUGUCCAACUCUAAAAUUGUAUGAUGAUUUAUAUUUGGCCAGACUUUGAGAGAACAGAAUUCCAGAUGACUUUCUGUUCUUUGAAUUCUUGCCCAAAUCAAACAAGUAGCCUUGAUCUGAUCGUUUGCCUUUCUUUUAUUUCCUCAUUACUUAUAUAGAGGAUUUUCUUUGGCACUGAAUCAUGUGGUGGUGGUGAUUUUGUUGUUGUUUUGUUUUGUUUUUAACCCAGGUCUCCUUAACACUGGCUCAGCAAUUCAAAUGUAGAAUUUAAAUUUAGAGAAAGUUAAACAUGUCCAUUUAGAAAGUCUCUUUUGGAACCAAAUUUUUAUCAUAUCUUCUUUACUUAUAUACUGUUAUAUAGACUUUUCCAAAAUCUCAAGUCAAAAAAUAUUGGUUGGGAUUUGAGAUUUCAUCCUUUUCCCUGAUCUAUUGGCACUUGUGUAUUUAAAACCACCAGUGAUUUCUAUAAUAUAACGUCACUAAAACCAGCAGUUACUAUAUGGGCUUGUACGGCAUUCAUAUUGAUACUACUAGACAUCCUUUUCAGUCUUUUACCUUCUCUUAACUUCUUUGACUCCAGCAAUAAGUAGAGGCUAAAUUGAAAAGCUCAGCCGGGGAGAACUCGGGCACUUUGAAGGCAUCUUUUUACGUCCAUUGACAGAAUGAUAAGUGUAUUGCCCCAAGUGGCCAUGAUGAUAAUGACUUUCUACCCUGAAGAAAUUCUGUUAUGACAAUCAUUAGAUCACCACCCUAUUAGAAUGAACAACAGCCGGUAUUGAAAAAUAUUGGAACUGCUUUGGUCUCAGUUUUGUUUUCUGAUUAUUGCCCUGUUUGGUUUAUUGUAAUCUUUUCCAAACUCUAUUCUUUAUUGCCUUUCCUAUAACACUCUUUUAGCACCAAUUAGCACUUUAUUAUAUUAGCCUUGAUUUGGCAGUUAGCCACUUUGGUUGUGGUUAAAAAACCCAUCCCCUCCCAAUCCCCAACCCCCACCCCCACACACACACACAUACACACAUCUGAAAUCUAGACCAUUCAUAGACAGACUUCCUGGUAUUGCCAUUACUUCUCUAAACUUAGAUUAGUUAAACCAAGCAAUAAUUUUAUAACAGUUGAAUUACUAUAUCAAAAAUGGUAGACUCCUUUUAUUUGCCUUUGGCCACCUUUUCAGGCUUAUUCUAAUAAAUAACUGGCACAUAUUCAUAUGCUGCUCCAUUCAUUAGGAAAAAGGAUCUAAUCACCAUAACCCAUACCCAAAAGACAAAGGGAGGGGAAAGUUCAAUCCUAGUAGGAUCCCAUCUUUUUCCUGUGAGGACUGUUUCCGGUGACUGGUUAGCAUGACCAUUCUCUGUUUGCUUUUGUUGAGGAAGGGUCACAUCUGUCUUUCAGCCUUUGUGACUGCACAGCCAGAAUUUAGCAUGCAGCAUCCUGUAGACUAUGUCCCAGCUAAAAUCUUUUGUGCGAUGUGACCGACAAUGGCAUUUACACUCCAUUUUGACCCAAGUAGAAUCAAAUGAAACCCUUUAUAUAGGUUCCAGUCUCUUCAACACGGAAAUGAGGCUAUGGAUAUGGUUUAAUGUUUUAUGAGAAAAUUCUUGUUAUUGUUUGUUCCUGGGGUGAAUCUAGGUUGGCAUUGGAUUUAGAGAAAUGCCAGCUCUGCUGUAAGCCAUGGGUUCGGCAUAGCAUUUCAUAUGGAAAUUUUCCUUUCCUUCAGGCUCCUAUUUCACUCUUUCUGGGCCACCCAGCCAGUAACCAUUACCAAGAAGUGGGGCUUUUUUUUCCCUUUGCUUUCUAGUCUGCCACCCCAGUAAUCUAUCUGCACUUGAUUGGUGAGUCCACAUUUCAUGCAUCUAGGGAAAAAAACAUUUUUGGCCAUUUCCUAAACCUAUCUGUUUUAAGAUAUUCUUAAUAUAAAGUAGCAAGGGAAACCUGAGCUACUUUUCAAAUGCUACUCUACCUCACCCUUAACCAGAAAGAAUGCCUGUACCAAUAGGGGUUAGCAUAGCCUGGACUUCCAAAUUGUAUUGGAAGUGGUGUAUCUACUUUAAAAUCAGAUUCUGAGCACCUGCCAUUCAAACACAGGGGCAAUGGUCAUAUGUUAAACCAAAGUGUAAUGAAUGUUCAUAUUUCUUCCUGGGGUAUUCUUUCCACCUCAAAAAGCAGAAGUAAGACACAACUGAGUAACUCAUCCAGGCCAGCUUAGUACUUGGUAUAGUAUAGGUGAGAGCAAUUGCCACUUGGAAAGUAAUAUUAAGUCCCGUUGAUGUACUUUUGUUUAAGGAUACUUUUAACAGAUUUGGAUUAUGAGCAUUUUGUCUCUUCAGGAGGGAGACUCCAAUCACCAGGGCAAAAUAAAUGCAGAAGAGAUUUUUUUUAUUUGUUUUGAGUCCUUAAUAUAAUACCUUUGCUGCCAUCUUUCAUCUUUUAAUGUGUAGAGGUGUACUUCCAAUGUGGGAGCUCACCUUUAGAGAGAUUCUGCAUUCUUGAGUCUCCCUAGUAAGACUUGACUUAUUUACCAUGUCUAGUUGCUGGUCAUUGGUGGUCAGCACAGUUUCAUUCCUCUAACCUAGCUCUGUUUACAGAUCCUUCAGGCUGAAUCUGACCAAUCCUACCUUCUCUAGAUAGAUUCCUUGCACGGAUUACAUUUAUGUCAAAGUUCACCUUGAUAAGGUUUGGAGAAAGAACUAUUGUAUUUAAAAAAACAAUUACUAGUGAAGGCCAGUGGCACUGGCUAAAGUACUAUCUCCCUUCAGGAUCUUCUGUAGUGUGACCAUUAUUACCUUAAACCCUCUCUCAGUUCAAAAGUGUUUGUACUCUUGGUCCAUGUUUCAUUGGGACCAGUUGAAUUUCAUCAAUGAAACUCUUUCUAAGGUAGAAAAUUCCACAUGCUCAGCCAUUUUUUUUCCAAAACCAGCUCUAAAGUUCAAUGAUUGAGUUAUUAAAGCAAUUUGUAGUCUUCAACAUAACUAAACAUAACUUUUUGUAUAGCCAAGCUUCCCUGGCCAUGCAUCCAAGUUGCAGAUCUCUUUGUAAUGUGACUUAAGAUCUGUAAACUCCAGGGACACAAUGGAAAUUUUGUUCCUAUUUGUGCUUUAUAAGGAAGCAGAUGUAUGGGAUCUGAGCUGCUUUUCUUCUUCUAUACAGCACUGAUUCUGAUGUAGGUCUGAACUAGGAUUAUUGAAAUAUCAUGCUAGGUUAAAAGCUCUCACAGGCCUUCACCCUUCAAGGCCAUUUAGUACUAUUAAUUGCAGUAUCCUAUCAAAUAUAUUUGGUAAUGUCUUCCUUCACACACAGAGCCUCCAGGAAAUCCUCUGAUUUCUAUCACAAUAUUGUAAUGUCUUUCUGCCAUGAAAGAGUGGACCAGAACCAUCAUAAGGCAGAAAAUCUCAUUAUAACCAGUCUGGCUCCCAGGAUCCAAUCAAAACUCCUUAAGCAUUCAGACCUACAGAACUCUUUCUGCCUAGGCUACUGCCUAAACCACCUUGGAUCAGAUAAAUGAUUCUGAUAUCAAGAUUGGGUUUGCCCCAUUAGAGAUAUAAAGAUUGGACUGCCUCCAACCUUGGGAGAAUAAGCAGCUAAGGAAGUUUUCUUCUUCCUUAUCGCUAAAGCAAAAGAAAAUGAACUCUCUGUGCCUCUUUGGGAUGAGGAUCACUAUUGCCAAACCAUACCUGAGACAGAAGAGUACAAGCAGGGGCAGAGAGCUAGGAGACCUUCUAGUCUAAAAUGCUGCUGCUUCUGACCACUGUCACAACUUUCUUGUGACUCAGCAACACUGCAAGCAUUUCUCUUACAAGAGGGUCUGGCCAGAGGGUAGUACUUACUCCAAGAUGGGAAAGCCAAACCAGCCAACCCUUUUUUCAGGUACCAAUCAUCAAAGAGCUGCCUCUUCGAGGAUAUCAACCCUCUCUCUAAUAGCCCUCAAUUAUUUCCUAAUUUCCUAAUAUAAUAUUGAUUAAAGCUUUCAUAUAUUUUAAUGAGUGGACAUAUAGUUCCUAGCCAUUGGGUUAGGUCAGAUAUUCUAAUUUUCAUGAAGCCUCUAGAUCUUUGCUUCACUUUGAUGAAUAAUAAUGAAACCUUAAUAUUCACUUAGCUCAUGGAAAAUAAUUGUGUUGACAUUAGCCAAGAGAUCCACUAUUGCCAUAAAUUUAAGGACAGCCUUCAUUUGAGGGAUCUGCAGAAGCGCCUUCCAUCUUAAUAUCCAGCCUUCUUCUAGGCUUCCCAUGAUAUGGCAGCCAAUAGGCCAUGAAAGUCUAGCCACCCAACUGAGGCCUGAAGAAACCCACUCACUUUACAAGCUGUUCAUGGCCGUGAAUAAUUUUUCUUUAUUCCAAAAGUUGUUUUUUGAGGGGUUGUUUUUGGGGGGUGGAGAAUGGGGGAACAAACCCUUUUCAUUUUUCCUAAAGCACAAUUCAAAGUAAAAAUCUCUCUCCUUCCACACUGGUUCCAGAUGAUGGGAUAGUUCAUUCUGCCUCAGGAAGACCUACACUGUACCUGAGCUUUUUGACUUUUGCCACUACAGCGGCCUUAGCAAAGCUGGGGGUGAGGGGGAGGGGGGAGGGCACGGGAGGGGGAGUGAGUGUGCAUCUCUUUCUGUAUUUUGAUUGGACCCUCUUGUUCAACAUAGCGUCUUAUUUUUGACAUAUCUGCUUCCAGAUAGGUUUUUAAGUAACUGUCACUUCCACAUUCCUAUUAUGUUAUAGGAUUUCCCCCACCCCUAAAUUUAAAAUGUUGUCCUCAAAAAAAAAAUUAGUUUGUAUACUGAAAACCUUCCAGCUUCUGGAUCUUAAAGGGGGGAGGGGAAUUGAAUCCUUCAACUCUAAGGCAUUUAAGAUUUGCAACUAGCAAUGCAAUUUUUUCUAAACACGGCAAUGUUUACCUUUAUUAAGAAAAUUAUAUCAAUUUUAUGUCCUUGAUCUUUUUAUUUUCUCAUAUUACUUUUGAACCUAUUUUGAUUCUGUGUGGUGGUAAACAAAGAUCAUUGCAAACAAAAAUGAUAAUUUUGUUAUCUUUGAUUCAAUGGAAUUUCUUUACUUAAAAUAAAGGACAAAAUCAACCAA